UCGAUUUUUGUUGCACUCGCACUGCAUGCCCAGUUUCUUAGAAACCGCGCUGUUGAAUUCUGCUACUCCAUGGACGAAGACGAAAAGCUCUCCGCUCUUUUUCCAGAACCAUCGAAUUGGGUCACAAAACUUGUAGCUCUCCCGGCCGGUUUAAUCCUCAACUGCUUGGUUUCUGUCUUCAACCCCUUCUCCGUUGCGUCCGAGUCCUACCAUCAAGCCGACGAGACCAGAGGCAGUGAUGAAUCGGCAGUCCACCAAAUCCCCUCCACCUCCAUCCUCUUACUUAAGAGGUUCGGACUUGGCUUUCUCAGUGCUGCUUAUGUGUGCACGGUUCUAUUAUUGGUUCUAGUUCUGGCUGUUGUGCUGGGUGUUGGGUUGGUUCAUUGGUGGGCAGAGGAGCCUGUGUUCGUGAGGGAAAAGUUGCAUUUUGAUUACUCCGAUGCUCACCCUACGGCUGUCUUUUCCUUUGACGGUGAAGGCUAUAGCAGCAAGAACCGGAUAGGUGUUCCAAUUGGCCAUACAUUUGACAUUUCCUUGGUCCUUGUCAUGCCCGAAUCUGACUUCAAUAGGGAGACUGGCGUUUUUCAGUUGAGCGCAGAACUCCUAUCAGUGAAUGGCAAUGUUAUAGCGAAAUCUAGCCAGCCAAUCAUGCUGCGGUAUAGAAGCUUCCCAGUCCAACUAGCUAGGACAUUGAUAAUGGGCAUGCCUUUGUUACUGGGAAUCUCUGAGGAAACCCAGAAGAUCAUUGUAGAAAUAUUGAGGCACAGGGAGGACAAUCGAAGAACCAAAGCAAUCAAAGCCAUUUUGUGUCCGAGAGCAGGGACGUCAUCUCUGCCGCAAAUAUAUGAAGCUGAGAUUAUAAUGAACUCCCAACUAGCUGGGGCUAAACAAUUGGUUCACAAUUGGAAGUGGACAUUUUAUGUGUGGGCGUCCUUGUAUAUCUACAUUGUGCUGCUUAUGAUUUUGUUGUGUUUCUGUAGGCCACUCACUUUUAUGGUGAUACCAGAGAACUCCAGGGAACAUGGUAGCCUGAGAGAACUGAGGAGUGUAGAAUUUGAAGAAUCACAAAUGAGGGAAGGAGAUGAGGGUGAAGUUUCAGAGUUGCUGAGAAAAUGGCGAAGAAGCAAAAGCAAGAGAAAAGCGAUGCUUAGGCUGGGUGAGGGUGCCAUGUUGGAAACCAUGGGAUCAUCGGCUUCCAGCACUACCAUGACUAGACAAGAAGUAGCCAGCACAGCUGUUGAAUAUGUUGGGGACUCUGAAUCGGUCUGCUUAAGUUAACUUUUGUGUGAAGGAUAAUGUAUAAUGUAUGAUUUUGCUUUCAGUUUAUUACAUCAUAUAUGAUUGUUAGUAAUGAGUUA